UAACCAUUUAGUAGCCUUACAUUUGCACACCAGUUUUCAUUCUCAAAUACUCACCCAAAAACUCAACUUUUACUUAAAAAAUUAUUUUUUUCGGUUUUUUGAAGCACAACAAAAUGCCCUGCAGAGCCGGCGAUACGGAUUCCAUUUCAGCUCGCUUUCAGCCAAGUGUAAGAAUUGGAAAUUGGGUGGAAGAACAUUGCCUAGAAGAGGACAAAAUAGUAAACUUCAAGAAACAACGCGAUCGGGGCGAGCUUCUCGUGGAAAAGGCUCGCACUUUGUAUGAUAAUUUCCACAAGGAGGUCGUUUUGGCUGCCCCCAAGCAGACUAUUAUUUUUGGUGCUGUUGUGCAAUUAAUGCCCAUCUCUAUGAACAUUAGUGAUAUGGACACAACCGAUUUGAACGCCGCCCUCUCGGUGGUUAUUAAUGAGAAGGUGGUGCGAAAAAGCCAGUCAAUCAAUGAGGACUGUGAACUUUCGGUGGCCCCCUCGAAACGGCCCUGUGUGCGCAACUCCUUCAGGAUAGUCAGCGGAGAUGGCCGCGAUCGCACGGGGGAGAACAUCAAGUACGGUCAGCGAUUCCAGCUGCAGUGCAUGGCCUCGGAACACGAUCCCAUAGUACUGUACAGUGGGCCCAAGCAAUGUAACCUGCAGCAGGGCGUCAAUGCCACCUAUUUGUCCCACAAAAACGGGGAGCUCAAUCUGAACCUGGGACUGGUGCAUCGCAGUAAAUUCACCUGCCCGGACAAUGACAUACCCCUGGCUUAUACAAACUGGUUCUGCCGACACAUUGAUCCAAAGCAGCGUUUUGAAAGCGAAGGAGAAGAUAUACCGAGCAAUUCCCCAUUGGUGAUUGUACAUGCAACCACAAAUCGAAAUCUAGCUGCCGAAAAUGUUUUAACUCAAACCCUAUUUGGCCCGGAGUUUCUGGUGUCAGUUCAAAACUAUCGCAACAUCUUCAAGCAUGAGAUCUGGAAGAAUGUGUGGAUUAUCAGCAAUGGAUAUCAGACUGGUUCAAAAUCAGCCAAGUCUUCGUCUCACUGAGCAUUACUUAGUGGUAAAAAUAAGGGUAACGCAAUUAGAUGGUGUGUGAACUUGAUUUUUAUGAGGCAAAAAUUUAAAUUUCGCACGUUUACUUUGCCUAGCCGAGCCCCUGCUGUUAUGACCUAGAUAGAAAUUGGCAUUUGCGGGGUUAAUUUGAAACGAAAAUAGACUUAACUGGGGCGGUACUUAAGAUAGUAAGUGAAUAAAAAAACUCAAACAAAAAUAUUAAAAUCUGGAAUUAUAUUAAAUCAUUAAGUGG